GGCAGUGGCGGGACCCCGGCGCGGUGGCGCGAAGCGAGUCCGGGAGCGCAGCGAGUGCUGGGCGGACCCGCCACCGCCAGCGGCCGGGGCCAUGGGCACGCCGGCCUCUGUGGCGAGCGACCCUCCGGGGCGGGCGGCGCCAGCAGCCCGCGGCCGUAAGCGGGCCUCGGCCAACAUCUUCCAGGGCGUGGGACUGCUGGAGCUGCGGAGCCUGUUCCAGAGCGGCGGAGCCGAGCGGCCGGAGGAGCGUGCCCGCCUCGUCUGGCGGUAUGCGGGCCAGCGGCGCAUGGCGCGGGCCCUGCGGCGGCUCCGGCGGCGGCGAACGGCCCGGCCCGGCGGCGGGAUGGCGGCGCUGCGGCGCUUCGGCCACCUGCGGAUCGCGGAGAAGGAGCUGGAGAGCGACUGCAGGGCCCAGACAGGCUUGGGGUCCGUGUAAGCAGCGCUGAGCGGCCGGGGCAGUGGAGGGCGGCUGCUGGAGAGCGGGUGUCAGCACUGCCGGGCUCUCCGAGGACACUAAGUGUAUUGGGCAGGGUGCAAUGAAUGGUUAAUAAAGGGUGGAUAGUG